AUGUCGUCACAAGAGCCUACCAAGAAGCUGCUCGAGGGCAUGGCAGGCCUACAUGGGAGCAGUAAAUACUCCGACCUCACCAUCAUCUGUGGUACGGACACAUACAAUGUCAACAAAGCGAUUAAUGAGGUCGACUGGGAUGCCGACGCCGAAGAUCCUGAGGUCAUCAAGCUCAUGGUUCACUACUUUUAUCAUAUGGACUACCUUGAGAACGAGUCCGUCAAAGUCGNNGAGAAAUAUGGACCUGUUACAGCCUACAAGGAUCACGAUGUCACAAACGGCGUGUUAACCCACCACGCCAAGAUGUAUGCCGUAGGCGACAAGUACGUUGUCCCAGGACUCAAAGAUCUCGCUUGCAACAAGUUGNAGGAUGUCUUGAACUACAGUGCCGCCGGUAUCACCAAAGCCAUCAGAAUCGCGUUCACCAGCACUCUUGAAUCAGACAAAGUUGUCAUCAAGAUCGUGAACAACGACACGACCAACCUGAUGAGCAAGCCCAAGAUCAACCAGAACGUCAAAGAUCUCCCUUUGCUCUCGCACGCUCUUCUACGCAAGCAGCUCAAGCUUGAUGUCUAG